AAGAAAGUUGGAAUAAAUUUAUAUUGAGUUCGGGGACAUGAAAACAUUAAUAUAAAGAAUUGAAUUCCUAAAAGUCAUUCCUUUGUGUGACUUCAGUUUUCGGCAGGAUUCAAGAUGCUGAUUCUGAAUUUUCGCAAAGAUACAAUGUUUUGGUAUCGCUAGUAAAUAUGGAGCUAUAAGCAGACAUUUGAGUCUGUUAUGAGAUUUAUCUCAUGAUGUUUGAAGGGAAACAUAUCCACUACUCUCCUGUGAAUAAGAAACCCUUAUGUUCAUACAGUGCCAAGCUUUGUAAGCAGAGACGAAUUAAUGGCUAUGCGUUUUGCAUUCGUCACAUACUGGAGGACAAAUCAGCUCCCUUCAAACAGUGUGCUCAUGUUGCACGCUAUAAUAAGCAGAAGUGCACCAAUCCUAUUCCCUCCAAUGAAAAUCGAGAGUUUUGUAACAGCCACAUGCAGGUGGCUGGUAUAUUGCCAAAGAAGGAACGUAAGCUUAAGAAAGAAAAGGAAAAAGAUGUGUUAUUACCAGGUGAAGGGAAGUUGAAGUUCUCAGAUCGUUUAAAGGCUUUAUUAACUAAAGAAAAUAGUGUGUCAUGUAAUGAAGAUACUUUUAAUUCUGAUGACCCUUAUGCUUUUCCUGAUCCUGCAUCAGAAAAUGAGAAUGGUUGCAUUGGAUUUUCAGCUACACCCAUUUUAAGAAAUGCUUGGAAUUGCUCCCAGAAAAGUUCUCCAGAUGUGUCUUCUCUGGAUUCUCCUUCUAGGUGUGAACAGACUCCUAAAAAUUCUGCUUCCAUGGACAGCAAACUUAAAAGUAAUGCACCUAAACUGUCUAAAACUAUGAACAGACUUCAUGCAAAAAUUGCACAGAAUAAGCUUUUAGAUAAACAAAAGAAAACUCAAGAUGCUAGUCAGAGUACUAUUGCAUUAAUCAAUGCACAGUUGCAUGCUAUAAAAACUGAUCCUCUUUCACCAAUGGAAGUUACUACAAUGAAUUCUGAAUCUAAUGAAGCUAAAGUUAUUCCCAAUCUAAUAAAAAAUAAUGUAAUUAUUAAAAUGGAAAGUAGUGAAGAUCAAACAAGGUCAGAAGAUUCAAUUGUAUCAAAUUGUGUAUCAUCUCCUAAUCCACCUUCACUCUUACAGGCUGAUUCCCAUUUAUCAUCUGGAGUGAAUUCAUGUUCAUCCUCUGAAAAGUUUUUUUGUGAUCGUGAAAAGUCUCCACCACCUAAUGAUGUUGAUUUUAAAGACAGAACUCAGUUAGAUAGUAUUAAGCCAAAAAAACCUAAUCUAGUAGAAAAUAGUAAAGUACCUCUUGUAUUAAGAAAAAUGCAUAGGAUAUUGAAAAACAGGAAAAAGAAAAAUAAGUACAUAUUUCCACCCGGAUUUGACUCCUCUGAAAGUGAAAGCAGUGACAGCGAAGAAGAAAGCCAUUUAUUUAGUCAAUUAUCUUGGUUUUGUGCUUGGGAUAGAAGGAGUUCAAGGUAAAGUAGAUUGCUUCUGCUGGAGCAUAAUUCUGGGUCUAAAACUAGUAUUACAGUCUCUGAAGCAAUUUCACAUGACCUUGCAAUACAUUUCCCAUAAAUUAAUAGCAUAUAGCAAAUACGUAUUAGAA